AUGUGUCAAUGUGCGACGAAGGCGGAGCUCGGCGAGCCACCACCCUCUUGGCCUUCGGCUUCACCGAAAUCGAAGAAGCCGGGUGACGGCGUGGCUCCAUACGGCGUCACCAUUCAUCUUGUUCAACAACAUCGUUUUGGCACGGCCCUUGGUUUGUGGUCACCUUUAUCCUGGUUGAGACUGGCGAUUCUUGUGGCGCUGGCAAAUGUUCGGAGUAUGGCGAAGAUUGUUAGAUAUGUGAGUUUUUUUCCCUACAUAACCGUUUUUCAAUUUUUUAAGAACAACUCAUUCCAAAAUUUUCUUAAACUGUCCACUAAUCUCCUCCACAUUCCUUUGCAACUAAAGCCAACAUCGUUUUUCUCGAAAUGUGUCGUUCUUAUCAGCUUUCGAAAGAGCAAAAAAGAAGGAGAAUGGCGUCGGCGUCUGCGUGUACGUAACCGAUAACACGUACCGUUUUUCGGCGCAGUUCUUCAUCUUGUACCGUCAUUUUCACUGAAAUUUUUUUUGAUUUGACCAAACUGCUUGAAAAGUUCAUUCAGGUAAAAAUAAGUGUUUCUGUGUUUAGAGUACACUACAAAACUUGCAUUCCUAUUGUAUAUUGCCACAUUUUCUGUUUUGAUACUGAUCAAAAAUUUAUCAAUAAUCUUCAUGAACAAUCGUAGGGCUAAGCGUGCCCAGUUUGUUAGUGUUAGCCGAAGCAACAGUUUUGUCUUAAACAGUUCUUUGUGACAGAUUAGUAUUCAUCGGCGAACGAUAAGAUAGCAAGACAGACCGCAAACUUCAGCUCUUAAAGUUUUGCACGAAGGAGGACGCCGAGGACGAGGAGGAGACCUCGAACUUUUACAGUCUUCUCAUGUCAAUCACAAAGAUCUCUGAUUUUCUCUUGAAAACGAUAUAAAUUAUGAUCAAAAUUAGGUAAUUUCCAAUUUCCAUUUAAAUCAAAGACAGUUGGUUUACCAAAUUUUGUGGCUCCGUCCAUGUAACGCUUAUCAAAGUAUUAUCUGCCCAUUUUCGUUUUGCCUCCUCACUCAUUCAUUCGCAUUCACCUCUUUUCGGCCGUACAGUUGAUCACCUCGACUAACCCAACCCGUUCAGUUGAUAACAGCCACCACUACCUCCCUCAUCAUUUCAUUCCUGUCGUCAAGAGCCCAACUCCUGCUCCUUUUCAUUUCAUCUGCCCAUUUUGUAGUUUUUCGGAUAGAGGAACCAUAUCGGUUUCUCUGAAGGUGGAAUGUACUAGAGCGAAUUUCGAAACUACAAUAUAGGGGGUUAGCUAUUUCACAACUAAUGGUUUCAUUACUUUUUCGAAGAUCUCGAUGUGAUACUUAAGGCGCAAAUUUUUUAAAAUCAUUUCGAUCUGAAAUGAUUCAAUAGAUCGAUCAAUUUCUGAAAACCGAUGAAUCGUAUUUCACAUGUGUUUUUCUCAACGCAAGUUCAAGCUCACGUUCCUCCUCACCAGCACCGACUCAUACUCAUAUAUCCUUCAAACCACAAGCAAAAGCGAAGCGGCGACUCCGAAAAAACAGGUAGAUCAUGUGUUCCGUCACAUUCCACCUCUUUUCCUCUCGCUCCGUCGUCAGUUGCUAGGUCCUCGGCACUCUCCGUCUCUUCUUGUUAGUCUGCUCUUCCAAUUGAUCUCGUGGGUCCGGUUGCCACACCAAACAGCUGGAGAGAUGGAUUCAUUUUCUUCUCGGUGACAAACCAAACAUCUCAUUUUACUGUUUUUUGUCGACAAUAGUUCUUCGCGGGUGCUUCUCCUCUUUUUAUCACAGUUUUUCUUUAACAAUGCACGGGCGGUGGUCAUCGGAAAUUCGUUUCGCUUUUUGUUCGUAUAAUAAUACUGCAUUUUCAUUUCCCUGUCUUCCCAUUUCUUUUCUUUUUUGGCUUGCUAUACAAGACGGUCAUUUCCUAGAUAGCUGAUCAUAGUUGCUCUGCUCAUUACCUAAAGCUUUUUCAUGGAUUCUAUCUCUUUCUCUCCGAAAAACAGAUAAGAAAUGAAAUACCCAAUAAACAAAACAACAAUAGCAGAAAGAAGCGACCAACUGUUAGCUAGUACGUUUUUUUGUUUAGUCAUCAAAAAAUGCUUGAAACUGAAUGAGUUUUUGUAAUAUCUAUCAAAAAAUUACUAAACUCGAUUAUCACUUGUGAUUGAUUAACUAUAGUCAAUACCACCUUUCUACUUUUCACUUUGCUCUUGCUCUUGCUCACCCAAAACGUCAACUUUCUCAUAUUUUGUCCAAAACGUUCGAUGUUGACACUUGACACCUUAUCCCACCCCUGACCACGUCAGGUUUCUGUUUUAAACAAAGACUACCCUCUCCAAAUCACAAAAUAUGCUAUCAUUUCAGAUGAUACUUGGACCCUCGCUAGGACAUCUCGGCAGUUUGGUGGGUCGAGCGCCGUGGGGAUGGAUUGUCGUUUCCCUGGUGUGCGGCAUUUUCUCCCUAUCGACGAUUUACAUGCAUCAACCGAAAAACGAUUUGGGAUUUGAGACGGGGUACACGACGCCGGAUGCCCCCUCUAUUCUCGAAAUGAGAAAUCAACGGGAUUUCUUUACCGGAGGCAAGGAGGUAAGCUCUUGCGGAAUUUUUUGAACGUUUCCAGAGCUGUCAAUUUCUGGGCUUUCGGGUUAAGUUGAUCACUUUUUCCGUUGUGUACAAUCAAUCAAUACAAUUUUUGCAGGGAAAUCCAUGGUACGCAGCUCUUUUUGCGGAGCCACGAAAUAAGAACAGUACGAUGCAUACCGGUACGGAAUUCGACGAGAUGAAGUGGUUCUAUAGGGUGAGACUUUUAUAUCGCAUUUCAUUUUUCGAGAAAUCUACAAACUUGUUUUGCUUUUUAGAAAAUCAAGAACAUGACGAUACGAUACGACGAAGAUUUAGAACGAGGCAUUACCUAUUACGAUUUGUGCGGGUCUACUUGCGAUUUGAACGAGCUUUUGUUCACAACAGAGGUAAACAACUACUAAUAAGAUGCUUUUGAGAAUUCGAAGAAAUUGCAGAAAAUGUCAUUUUUCGGACUUUCAUACCCGGUUACUCACAUCUUUAUGUACCAAUCGAACAUUGGAAAGCAUUUCUACGAUGUAGAAACAACGGAAAGCGGAGAUUUGAAAAGCGCAAAAAAAGUUAUGCUCGUCUACAUGGCUUUCUAUCAAACUAGAGAGGUGAAAGCUGAUCUGGGCCUUUAUGAAGAGGCGAUCCAGAGGGCUGUGAAUAAGCACAACGCUGGAAAUCACAGCGUUAUUUUCACGAUUCACGGGGAGAAGGGAAUGAGUGUAAGUUGUUCUUCUAUAUAGUCAGUCAUUAUGUUUUUACUUCAUAAAUUUUCAGAGUGCUGUUUCCGAAGGAAUGAGCCAGGCGUUCAAGUACUUGGGAUCUGGAAUCCUGCUCUCCAUGCUCCUCCUUCUGACCGUUUUUCUGUUCUUCAGUAGAAUUUUCAGCCAAUUCUCAUUCUGCAAGUGUGUUCACUCAUUGUUAUGCAGACAAACUGGUUAAAUUUCAGAAUCGUGCUCCUGUGGCUCGUGGCCAUUUUUGUGCCGAUUCUCUCCUUUGUUACUGCAUUCGCAAUUUACAAUUUCUUGGGCUUCGCAAUUACUCCGCUCACCAUCUUUACUCCAUUCCUCGCUUUGAUUCAUGGUCAGUACACCUCAGAAAUGCAUUCGAACCCCCAUUCAUCUUUUCCUUUUCGCAGGAUAUUACACUGUCAUUAUGCUCACCCACACCUGGCUCAGCGACUCCGAGCUGCGAAGGGACUCGCCGGACGAGCACCUAUUAGAAGUGAGCAGAAAGCUGAAUUCUGGGAGAUGCAUGGAAAAUGUGGGCUUUUCAGGUGUUCGCGACAUGUAUGCCGGCCCUGCUUGUCACUUCGAGCCCUGCAGUUGCAUUCGUGUUGUGCGUGGUUUAUCCUAUCCAGAAUUACGCGGCCGUUUCAUUCCUUAUUGGAGUCAUUAUGGUGUUUGACGUCAUUUUUGUGGUAGGUAGACUGGCAGAAUAGUGUGAAGAACUAAAACGGUACAAAUUCAAUACAAGGACCCCCUAUGAUCUUACGGGAGUCCCAAGUUGUGACCAAAUGCUAAAAGGAUCUCGAGAAACAAUAAAAAUAACAAAAGAACCCAAAAAAUUAUUGAAAAUUUACAAGAGCCCUAAAAGCCCAUCUUCUUGAGCAUUUUUCAUGUUGACAUCAGUAUUUUAGCAUCCUUCCUAUUCAUGGGACCUUUGUAUAGAGAUUGAACCGCUGGCACAAACUACGAUUCAUCAAUACUCUUUUCCAGACCUUCUUCUUCUCCCCGUCAAUUCUUUUAAUAUGCCCAGCCCGAGUCUUCUCGCCAAUUCCAACCACGUCGUCUUCAGCCUAUCGAAAAACCACGUUGAAGACCGUUGAGAACGUGAGAAGUAAGUUAAUUCUACUCAUUUUUGACUGAAACAUGAUUAGAAGCACCCAUUUUCAGAUUACUAUUGUGAGCGGGUUGACGAUUCAAGAUUCGUGAAACUUUUUGCGGUGAUUGGGAUGAUAGUUUUGCUAAUUGUUCCUGUGUACAUUGGAUGUAAAUCUGUAAGUCCCCAUAGCUUGUAUUCAAUCUUCUAGAAAUAAUCAAAUUCACAUACAGGUGGAAGGAAACUUGGACUACCGACAACUUCUCAAAUCCGACUCUCCCAAGAGAUACGGAGUGCAUUUGAUGAGUGAUAUUGUCUGGCCCACGUGGUUCUCGAUCAUGUUCUUUGUGAAUCGACCCCCAAACUUUUCUGAUCCAUACGAAUAUGGUAGAUUCAAGAGGAUGUUGGCGGAGAUUGAUUCGAUUGAGAAUAAACUUCCAAAUUCCACGGAUAUGGUGUGGAUUAACGAUUUUUGUAGACACACAAGCAGUAGUCCCAGUGAUGAAGGUUUGUUAGAAUUAUUUUGUGAAGUUUCGCAUCCAAUAUUUAUUUUCUUUCAGCUCUUAACAUGACUCGGUUCAAAAGCUUUAUUGAAGAUGGAAUCUACAAGUCUUGGAAGGACGGCGUCAAAUUUUACUUUAUCAAUGAGUACCCACAACUAUUUUAUCCAGAAACUGUAAAAAUUAUUUUCAGCACAACCCCUGUGAUCACGAGCAUGCUCCAUAUCACCACAUUCAACGGAACCAAGUCAUUGGCUGACAAGGCUCGACUUUUCGAAAAGUGCAGAGCCAUCACCAACAAAUAUCCAGAGUUCUUGACAACUCCGUUCGAUACAGAAAUCGGAUUUGCUGAUAUUAUUCUUCAAGUUCCACUUGUCAUUGCUGUGUAAGUUUCUGACCGAAAUUUCGGGAAGAGCAGGAAAUUUGUUCAGAAUCCCAUUGGUGUCCACCGUCGCGAUGUUCUUUGCAAGUGCUAUUAUUAUUGGCAACUUUGCAGUUGCCGUGGUGAACGGAAUUGUCACUGGAUUACUGUAUGCAUGUAGGUUUACUAUGCCUGAAUGAAUUUUGAACCGAAUGGAUCACAAUAGAUAAAAAGACGCUCCAACAUAGCUUAAGUCAAUUCCCACUAAUUUUUCUUUCAGCAACCAUCGGAUUCGUGUCGCUUUUCGGUGUCAACAUCAACCCCUUCAACGCAGCCUAUUUCUUGAUCAUUGCUGCGUUGUCGCCGAGCUUCACAACGCAAUUCUGCUAUUAUUAUCAGCAGGUGAACAAUAACAGCGCGUGUAAAACGGGCUUAACAAAAUGUUCAGGCCAUGCGGAUCAACUCUAAAGCUCAAAAAGUCAACCGAAUGAAUGAAAUGUUGCGGAAAUGCUUCUUCCCGUGUAUUUCGGUAAGUUCCCUUAAAUUGGACAUUGAUAUCGAGACCCAAUUUGAAUACAUUCCACUUUAUAAUUUGAUCAUAGAACAUUUCGGUGUUGCUUCUUUUAUCCAGGAAGUGAAUAGACACAGCGUAGUCUCGUUUCCGAAACCGGAAAAUGAAUCUGGUCUUUCUAACAGCAGAAAUUUUGAUCUGUCUCAUGUAGCAGGAAAUUAAUGGGAACCCUACAUAACCUAAAAAGCAAAAAAGAGGAACUUCAGAGUGUAAUUUGCUCGAUCGCAGUGUUCCUACCAGCUCUAUUCUGCCACGUCAACAUUUUCGAGUCCAUCGCCUUCACCAACUUGGCUUUCUGUGGGCUCGGCACGAUUCUGGCGUUUUUCAUCCAAAUCUUCCUUAACAUGCUUCCGGAUGUGAUCACGGGUACCCAUUGGUUCUAUUCACCCCCACAAUAA